AUGCCACAGCCGUCAGCGUUGCAGUCCGCACGGUCAUUCCUAGGCACCGUAGCGGAGGACUCAGUACGCUGCGACCGCGGUUUGGACAGUGUGCCUCAUAACGAGGCGGGUCUGCGGUGUUUGGCUGCCGACGGAAAUUGGAGCGCCGUUGCGGAGCUCGCAGAGCGACUGAGUGCUGCGGCAACGGAAGAAACGGCUGAGGGAUUGUCAAGGAGGUUGCAGUUCAUUCUUGUGCAGGUAACUGCGAAUUUUCACAUGCAGCGCUACAACGUGGCGAAGAAACUGGUAGAAUCUUUAGGUGACCUGAACAGUGAGCGGUAUAUUGACCCGAAAACGAGUGAGUCUACUGUUCCGUUUUCCCUUCGCUUUAUUAGCGCCAUUAUUCCGUUGUAUAUCGGCACGAAGAUGGAUUCUCAGCAGCGACUCUACGCUCUCUUACGGGAUUGCAGAGAGAAUCUGGGAAAAUAUGCAUCUGCAGUUUGGGUAGCUCGCAUCAAGCGAGUGCAGCGUGCAUUGGUUGUGAGCCACUAUCAAGUAGAACAGUAUUCAGAAGCGCUUCGAAUAUACAAUGAACUCAUUGCGGUGGAGGGAAACGCCGACGGCGACGACAUGGGAUCCUACGCGCUGCUCCGGCGCAUGUUGCACCUUCACCAGUUUGCAGCGCUGGCCUUAUUUUGUGGCAAUGCUUCCUUUGCAAAUAGCAUUUACCAAAGUAUUGCCAGUAUUAACGUUAGUGAAGCUGCUCCUUGUGUGCAGAACUUUCACGAAUGCCUUGUAGAUUUCAACACGGGCAUAUGGUUGUCGUUUAACGGUAAGGUUCAGGACUCAAUGAAAGUGUUUUGUGAUGUGGCGACGAAGAGUCGAGAGUACUACUGCGCUCUGGGUGCGUCGCAACUAAUGUCGACUGAUGUGCCCACGGUUUCUAACCGGCAACUAAAAUUCGUUGCCGAUGGUUGCGAUGCACUUGCAUUAUCCGAGCUCUGUCGGCAUGCCUUUCAUCAACUCCUCGUUAACGCAACAACCUCCCACGUGGUGACGAUGCCAUAUGAAGCGUUGCGAGGUAAGGCGCCAGCGACCAUGUUGGGUGGCACCAUCAGAACGAUGGAGGAUUAUUUGCGAAAUGACCCCGCAGGGCUUCUUUCGUCGGAUGCAUUCAUCUCAAAUGGUGUUCGGCUCUACACCCUGGAAGGGGGCACGCAGAUGAGAAGGUUGGAACUGUUGAACGACCUGAUAGAGGUUUUCCGCUGCGAUCGGGCUUCCGCCCCGCCGAUUGACAAAAUCGUUUGA